CAAGAUUACCCAAUCAGGGGAAGUAACAACUCAUCAAAAUGGCGGAAGAUAUGGAUGUGGAAAACUGUCGUGAAGUAGAUAAAGAUGGACCUAAACCUGAAAGAAUGUUCACCCUCAAGAAAUGGAAUUUAGUCGCAAUGUGGAGUUGGGAUGUUGAAUGCGAUACAUGUGCUAUUUGUCGUGUUCAAGUAAUGGUGGUAUGGGGUGAGUGCAAUCACUCUUUUCAUAACUGCUGCAUGUCAUUAUGGGUGAAACAGAACAACAGGUGUCCCCUUUGUCAACAAGAGUGGGUAGUACAACGCAUUGGCAAGUGAUACAAAUUGAUCUUCAGCUGAUUUAAUAAUUUAAAGAAGAAAUAAAACCUCUGCACCACUGCCUUUCAAAUGUCAGGACAAUACUGCCUGGUUGAUAAUGGAUAAAUUUAUUUAUUUAUAGCUAACAUUUCUUAUUGUGCAGUAAUUAUAAAUACUCCUCAAAAUAAACACACUUCAUACUAA